UCCUUCAAUCCCCAAAUUUCUCUUCGUCAAUCGCCAUUGUUCCUUUGGGGUCACUAAUUAACCAGUAAUGGAUACGCUCAAGAAAUCUUUCAAAGGCAAUGUAUCUUUCAAGCAUACAAGGAAGAUUUCUGCUGGAGGAGUCAGCAGCGAAAUCAAUCACGAAGAGCUCCCCAUUCUUCUCAAUCACCAAUCUACGGAUCAUCACCUGGUGAACGAUUCUGAUCCGUCUGACCGAACAGAGGUCAUUCUCAAGAUUGAUGAUGGUGGUUCUUCAGCUGUCUCCAGAUCUCUGGACUCUGUUGCCAAUAAUGGCGGGAAGGUUUGGCGGGAAUCCAGGUACGAUUUCUGGAACAAUGAUGAAACUGGAAUUGGGGAAAGUGCGAGUAGGGUUCGUGGUGCGAGAAUGAGUGAUAGUGGUGAUGAUGGAAAUGAGGGAUUUCAAUUUGUACAGACUGGUUAUGGAAUGGAGGAUCCACCUACGAAGCUGAUUGGUGACUUUCUUCAUAAGCAGAAAAUUAGGGGAGAAACGACUUUGGAUAUGGAUUUGGAAAUGGAGGAAUUGAAGCCUAAUAGGAUUAUACCUCCAUUGGCAGAGUCGCCGUUGAGUCAAACUUCUAAGGAUCUUAAAGUUUCGUUUCAGCAGGAUUCGACAGAAAUUUCGAGCAAUGAUCAGUCAAUGAGAAGGCGGUAUAGAGAUUCUCAUGAUUUGAAAGAAGAGUUUAAAGGAGAACAACCGCCAUGGCAACAAUCGCACCAUGAACGUCUUGGAUCUCCAACUAUCUCUGGGGUUCAGAAUGAGUCUCUUGCUGAGGCUAUGAGAUGCGCAUCUAACUUGUCCUUUCAUAGUGAGCUUUCGUUUCAAAGGAAGUCUAAUUUACUGAGGGCGAAAACCAAGUCAAGAUUGACAGACCCACCUGCCGAGCCUGACCGGCUCUCUGGCCUCAUUCCUAAGUCAGGUCAACUACGAUCUGGGUUUCUGGGGAAGAUUGAAGACGACGACGAUGACCCCUUUCUAGAGGAUGACCUUCCAGACGAUUUUAAAAGGGGAAAUUUCACUGCUCUAACUGUUCUACAAUGGUUUAGUUUGAUUCUAAUCACUGCAGCUUUUAUCUGCACUCUUUCUGUUCCUUAUUUGAGGGAAAAGAGUCUAUGGGAGUUGGAUAUAUGGAAAUGGGAGGUGAUGAUUUUGAUACUGAUUUGUGGACGAUUGGUAUCUGGUUGGGGGAUUAGGAUUGCUGUAUUUUUCAUUGAGAGGAAUUUCCUUUUGCGUAAAAGGGUUCUGUAUUUUGUAUAUGGGGUUAGAAAGCCAGUGCAGAAUUGUUUAUGGUUAGGCCUUGUUUUGAUCGCUUGGCAUUUGUUGUUCAAUAAACGGGUUGAGAAACAAACCAACACCAGUAUACUCAAUUAUGUGAGCAGAGUUUUAGUUUGUCUCUUGAUAAGCACACUGAUAUGGCUUGUGAAAACCUUGAUGGUUAAGGUGCUUGCCUCUUCUUUCCAUGUAAGCACAUACUUCGAUCGAAUUCAGGAAUCGUUGUUUAAUCAAUAUGUCAUUGAGACGCUCUCGGGGCCACCUCUGGUUGAAAUACGGAAGAAUGAGGAAGAAGAGGAGAGGAUUGCAGAUGAAGUUCAAAAAUUGCAGAAUGCAGGGCUGACCAUACCCCCUGAUCUCAAGGCAACCUUUGCUUCUAUAAAGAGUGGAAGGGCAAUAAGUAGUGAACGGACCCACAAAAGUUUUUGCGCAAAAAGUUCCAAAUUCUCUCGAGCACUGACUAAAAAUGGGAACGAUGGAAUAACGAUUGACCACUUGCACAAACUAAGUCCGAAGAACGUGUCUGCCUGGAAUAUGAAGAGGUUGUUGAACAUAGUUCGAUAUGGUAGUAUUUCCACACUGGACGAGCAGAUACGGGGGCCGUGUCUUGAUGAUGAAUCUACUACAGAGAUCAAAAGUGAACGCGAGGCAAAGGCUGCAGCAAAAAAGAUUUUUCAGAAUGUGGCUCGUCGUGGAUAUAAGUACAUAUACCUGGAUGACUUAAUGCGGUUCAUGAGAGAAGACGAGGUUCUUAAAACGACGAGUCUCUUUGAAGGAGCCGCUGAAAACCGGAGGAUAAGCAAAUCUGUCUUGAAAAAUUGGGUGGUCAAUGUCUUCAGGGAACGAAGAGCCCUUGCUUUAACACUGAAUGAUACCAAAACAGCUGUGGAUAAACUACAUCACAUGGUGAAUGUCAUAUUCGGCAUCCUUAUAUUAAUUUUAUGGCUUAUAGUAUUAGGAAUUGCCUCCAGCAAAUUUUUCAUCUUCCUUAGUUCUCAAAUAGUGGUUGUGGCAUUUAUUUUUGGAAACACUUGCAAAACCAUAUUUGAAGCAAUCAUCUUUUUGUUUGUCAUGCAUCCAUUUGACGUUGGAGAUCGCUGCGAAAUCGAUGGAACGCAGAUGGUUGUGGAGGAAAUGAACAUCUUGACUACUGUAUUCUUGAGAUACGACAACUUGAAGAUUAUAAUCCCAAAUAGCGUUCUUGCAACCAAAUUAAUCCACAACUUCUACCGUAGUCCUGACAUGGGCGAAUCGGUUGAAUUCUUUGUCCAUAUCGCUACACCAGCUGAGAAAAUUACGGCCAUGAAACAGAGAAUUAUAAGUUACAUUGAAGGCAACAAAGAACAUUGGUGUCCUGCCCCUAUGAUUGUGUUCAAGGAUAUAGAUGGUUUAAACAAGCUCAAAUUGGCAGUUUGGUUGUCACACAGAAUGAACCAUCAAGACUCAGCGGAAAGAUGGGCUCGGAGGUCCGUCUUGGUCGAAGAAGUUGUUAAAGUCUGUCAAGAGCUCGAUAUUCAAUAUCGUCUAUUGCCGAUUGAUAUCAAUAUCCGUUCAUUGCCUUCUUCUGCACCCUCCAUUGGCUUUCCUUCAAAUUGGACUUCCCCUGCAAGUUGAACAGCAAGCAACACAGAAGGCUUAACUUUCAUCCUCUCUCUCAGAUAAGCUUUCUCCUGUCCUAUCAUCUUCAUUGUAGAGAUUCACCAAUCAUCAUUUCGAUGAGACGACAAAUAACUAAACGUUCUAUGAUUCACCGAAUAGAUAGGUAGACAUGUUUCGUUACAUCGAUUAAGAAUUUUCAUAGCGCUCGAAAAAGAUGAAGGUUGAGAUGAGGAAGUGAAUUAUACAUUAGCAAGAGUUGUUUGAGUUUGAGUUACGACACAAGAAGUGAGGUCUGCGAUAUUUUGUCUAUACAUAAAGAUGCUCUGAGUUUAACUA